GUGUCUAUCUACGUGACCCUCUUAACUCAUCUCCAACCAAAACAAAUAAAAAACGUACACCCAAUACGACACCGUUGGCUUUUGCCGCCGCUUCUAGACAGUAACUCCCAUCUCUAAUCCUCUACAGUCCAGUACACACUUCAUAUCCUCAGACUCUGCUUCAAUGGCUACACUAUCACCUACCCAGCUUCUCCCUCUAUCACCCCCAAUUCAUACUUCAAAUUCCCGCCAUGCCCAUUUGAGCUUCCAAUCCCUAAACCCUAACCCUAGAAUCUUCUCAUUCAAUUCCUUUGUAUCAAAUUUUAGUCCUUUACCGGCGGUUCUGAGCUCUUCUCCGACCUCCACUGAAUCCGACUCCGAUAACGAUGACGUCACUCUCCGGCGAAUUUGCGAGCCCCAUGUUCCGGACCACAUACUGUGCAGAAUGGAGGAAUUGGGAUACGUGGCGCCGACGCCGGUGCAGCGGCAGGCUCUGCCGACUCUGUUUUCCGGGCGGGACUGCAUACUUCACGCCCAGACAGGUUCUGGGAAGACGCUGACGUAUCUGCUUUUGAUAUUUGCUGUGGUGAAGACUCAGAGAUCGGCUGUGCAAGCCCUCAUUGUAGUGCCCACUAGGGAACUUGGCAUGCAAGUUACGAGGGUUGCUAGAAUGUUGGCGGCGAAGCCGAAGGAGGGGGAAUUGGAGCAGAAAGGUUGUACUGUUAUGGCUCUUUUGGAUGGAGGAAUGUUGACAAGGCACAAGAGUUGGUUGAAGGCAGAGCCACCUACAAUUGUUGUGGCGACGAUAGGGAGUUUGUGCCAAAUGCUUGAGAAGCGUAUCAUUAAGCUUGAAUCUAUGCGAGUGCUGGUGAUUGAUGAGGUUGAUUUUAUGUUUGGUUCAAAACAAGUCAGUUCUCUUCGGAAGCUUUUGACAUCAUAUUCGUCAAUCAAUAGCCGUCAGACUGUUUUUGCCAGUGCUUCCAUUCCACAGCAUAGGCGAUUUUUACAUGAUUGUAUACAACAGAAAUGGACCAAGAAUGAUGCAAUUCAUAUCCAUGUCAAUCCGGUUCAGCCCAUGCCAUCAUGUUUACACCAUAGAUUUGUGAUAAGUGGUAAAAACAGAAGGCAUGAAACCUUGUUGUCCUUAUUGCAGUCCGAUGCACUGCAGUCUGGCAUUAUUUUUGUCGGUGAGCAGUCCGAGAAGUCAAAGAAGGCUGGAAAUGCUCCACCAACAACUCUAUUAGUUGAUUUCUUGAAGGCUUCAUAUCAGGGAUGUUCAGACAUCCUCCUUUUGGAAGAAGACAUGAAUUUCAACUCACGUGCAGCUUCUCUAUCAGAACUGAGACAAGGAAGCAGCUAUCUCCUUGUGUCAACAGAUAUAGCGGCUAGAGGGGUUGACCUACCAGACACCACUCACAUAUACAACUUUGAUCUACCAAGAACUGCUGUUGAUUAUCUUCAUCGAGCUGGGAGAACAGGUAGGAAACCGUUUUCAGGCAAGAAAUGCACUGUAACCAACAUUAUAAUGUCAGAGGAGCGAUUUGUUUUGCAAAAAUAUGAAAAUGAACUGAUGUUUAACUGUGAAGAGCUAAUUGUAUAGAAUCAAUGUUAUCUCAAUUUUGUACACAA